GGAGGUGGAGGAGAAGAAGAAGAAGGAGGUGGAGGAGGACUCCCAUGAUGCACCGCACUGCCAACGUAUGCAAACAGAGACAUGGCUGCCGGUGUGUAGCCUCAGCAGCCCGUCGUCGCUCCGUCCUCCUGCCGGCCCUCACUCGCAGCCCGUGACCGUGUAACAGUCGCCGUGCCUCGGCCACAGGAGAGGAAAAGCCCCCCCCGCAGAGUUUCCCGGCGGAGCCGUCUGACAAAGCAGCGUCUCCGGUGUCCAUCAGUCACGGACAGUGUGGGUCAAGAUGGCGAGUCCAAGGACCAGAAGAGUUCUGAAGGAAGUGAGAACCCAAGAUGAGAAUAAUCUAUGUUUUGAGUGUGGGGCUUUUAACCCUCAGUGGGUUAGUGUGACCUACGGGAUCUGGAUUUGCCUUGAGUGCUCUGGCAAGCACAGAGGCCUAGGAGUACAUCUCAGCUUUGUGCGCUCCGUCACCAUGGACAAGUGGAAAGACAUCGAGCUUGAAAAGAUGAAAGCGGGAGGAAACGGAAAAUUCCGCCUGUUUCUUGAAGUGCAAGAUGAUUAUGAUCCCACCUGGACUUUACAGGAGAAAUACAACAGCAAACCUGCUGCACUCUUCAGAGACAAGGUGGCAACUCUAGCCGAGGGUAAGGAGUGGUCCAUUGAGACAUCCACUGCCAAAAACUGGACAUCCCCUCAACCCAAGACCAGCCUUUCAUCCUCUCAUCGCUCUGGAGGACCUGGACAAAACACAGCAAAAUCUAGCGACAAAGCUUUUGAGGACUGGUUGAGUGACGACGUUAACUCAUAUCAAAGCGGAGGGGGUUACAGUGGGAAUCAAGAGAAUCGGUAUGUUGGCUUUGGCAACACGGUGACUCCAGAGAAGAAAGAGGAUGACUUCAUCAACAACGCCAUGUCUUCUAUUUAUUCAGGUUGGAGCAGUUUCGCUGUCGGAGCUAGCAAGUUUGCUUCUAUCGCUAAAGAUAAUACAACUAAACUGGCAAACCAAGCAACCUUAAAGUUAAAGGGCUAUAAAGCGCCCCCAGAACCGGCCACAGAGUUAGGACAGUCAAUAAAUGAGAAUGUUGUCAAACCUACCCAUGAAAAGGUGAAAGAUGGCAAAUUGCUAGAUGAAAUGGCAGUCAGCAUGACUGAGCUGGCAAACAAGGUUCAGGGAGCUGGUGCAAAACUGACUAAUCUCUUCACUGGAAAACCGGAAGACGGGUCUACUGGAGACAGCUACCAGAACAUGGAUGCCACUGAGGGAUAUCAGGGCAGUUCAAGCCAGCCUGUCAAUAGGGACUUUUGGGAAACCUUUGGCAGCAACAACUCCUUAAAGGCAAAGAAAUCUCCCAGCAGUGACAGCUGGACCAUCGCGGAUAACUCUGCAAAGAAGAGCUCUGACAGUUGGGACAAUUGGGGCUCCGAAGCAGCGUCCAACAAUAAACACAGCACAGAGGAGAGCUGGGAGGCCUGGGACAACAACUGGGAGAAGGCAGAGGGGAAGACGAAGAAGAGUCCCACGAAACCCGCUGAGGAAACCUGGGAUAAUGCAGACUGGUAGUGACUUCACAACCACACAUCUCUUCAUCUUUUUCCCCUUCUGUCUGUCUCUCUCUCUCUUCAUCUCACUGGCCCUUCAGGGAAAGUGCUCCGUCAGCUGAGUUUCCAUCAUUCAAAGUAUAUUUAUUAUAAACCCAAGAAACAAUACAUGAAGCCCGGGGUUAACUUGACCCCAUUAUUAAAUGAAUAUUCUUUAAUUAUACAACACUGACUUGCAGUCAUUUAUUUUUUGGUAAAUCACCUUCAUCGAAAGGAAAUUAAUGUAAAUCAGAUCAUUGUAGAUAUGGUCAUAACUUCCCAAAUGUAAUCCCCUUAAUGGUGAAGCCAGUGUCAUUGGUUUAAUCAUACUGGUUUUCAGUCCACUGCAUAAAAAACGAUGCAUGAAAGAGAAAGUCCGACAUUGUAAAUAUAAAUCCUUGUAGAUACAGUAUGAUUGACUAAACAACAAUGACGUUUCCCGUCUGUUCUAUCAAAGUGAUUUGUUGUUGUCUCUGGACCUUUUGCACAUUUGUUUCUGUAGAAUUGAUUUUCAGCUCUUUCCAUACGGCACACUCACAAAUUAUUAUGAUAAAUGAACAAAUGGCUCCCAUUAAUCAAAGUCUGUGAGGAUCUGUAAAUUUUAAAUGAAAUAAUCUAAUGUGUAAUGAGGUGGGCUAAUUGACCUUUAUAGUAUUAUUUGUUUGUUUUGUUUGUUAAAAAUGUGCAAGUAGUCAGUGGAUUUGAAAGCAGAGAGCUGCUGAUACAUUAUACUGUUGUCAAGACCGGAAAAAAUGAUACAAUAGGAUGUUUUAAUGUUGAAUUUAGUUUGUCCUGAACAAAUGCAGUUUAUCACGAAUCGAUGAAUCUGAUGAAAUGUUUCCUUUGCUUUAGGGUAAUCACAUGUAAUGUACCGUAAUCUCAAAGGAUUUGUUGAUUUAUUUCAUUCAAGUUAAUGAGCUGUUGAAAUUAAUUUUGAUUGGUUGAUACAAUAUUAUGUCUGUACUUUGACUUUUUUUUAAUUAUUAUUUUUUUUAUCUGUUGUCAAACAGCCCAGAACCUGUGACUACAACUAUUUGUUACGCAGUAAGUCUUUCAAAUGAGAGUUCAUGCAGUCAGGACAAGCUGUACCAAGGCUGCGUGACAAACUUACAUUCUCUUAUAACAACAUAUUACAGUGAGUGAUGGAUCAUAUUAUGAAAGACACUUGUUGGAUAUCAGCAUCCAUAAUUUGAUUAUUAAUUCAGAUUCAACAUUUGGAAGUUUAAUUAACUAAAAUGAUUAUAUAUAUAAAUAUAUAUACAGUUUAUUGUAGAUAAUUUCACACAGAAGUCACUCAUUGCAGGGUGAUGUUCUGUAUGUACUGUAUGGGUGGUGGUGGUGGUGGUGUUUCUAAUAUCUGGACACUUACGGGGUCUGUAGACUACAUUGUUAACUGCAUGGUGUUGCCUGUGAGCCUGUAACUUGUGACCUCAGCUGAACUGUAAAUUUCAUCCCGUAUGAAACAACGCUGUACGAACUGUUCUCCACAUCUGUGUUAUUGCACCUUGGUCAUUAUGUAUUGUUAUGAUUUGGUGUCAGAAGAUAUCUUAGCACCUACAUUGACAUCUGAAUUGUGGUGUAAUGAUGAUGAUGAUGAUAAUAAUAAUGAGGCUCGUUAUUACGCUGGAUGCUUCUAUAGCUCCCAAACACUUGCUAUGAAUUAAUCAAGUGCAUCCCUCAGUCAAAUGAAAUGGCAGCUGCACUCGCAUUGUUCAUCGUGGAUGCAAAUGUUUCAUGAAAAGCUCAUUGUUUUAACAAGUGGUAAAAAUAUACGUAGUCCGUGUGAAAUUGAGUAUUCACAAACAAAUGCUCUGGUGAUGGAGAUGUCGAGGCACCUGACUUCCUUAUGUGGCCUUUAAUUCCCUAUAACAUGAAGUGUUGCGACUGUAAAUGACUUUCGUUUUUUUUGUACAUGUUUUAACAUACAGAUCUUCAUAAAUGAUGCAAACCACUAAACUCAAGUUAAAUUACGCUUCAGCCUAUUCCACCUCCAGGGUUUGAGUUUGAUUUGAAGUUAAAGAAUAAUAUCUGAGCACAUCUUAACACGGCUGGUUUGCAUCUGGUUGGCCAGUAGUCAGUUAAUAACUACGCACAGAGCAGUGUACCGGUGUAAUAGAGCUGUAUACAUUUAGCUGUGCUUCUAUAGGUGGUACACAUCGGACCUCAUGAUUGGUUAGAAUAUUUAACUAUCGCAGGUUUUAACGUGUGAAGGAUAAAUCCUGCCAACUUUACUCCAUUCCCAUGUCCUACCUCUAAGAAGUCUUCAGUUUACUGCCCCUUUUAAAACUUGUUUUUUAACGUAGACUUUCUCCCAGCAGGCUCGCUUUGCCGUGGCUAACUUUGUCAUGCGUGUUAAAAACAAAGUGACAAAGAUGGGUCUACACGAUCGGUGUGUUUCUCAGUGAUGACGCAGUGAUGUUUGCAGUCAUGUCAUGUACUUUUCUGUCAGCCGUGAUCGCUUUCCGUUGAUGUCAGUUUGCCUGUGUGUCUCUGAUGCAGUGCGGUGUACAUGUCACUAAAUCAACUUAUCAGUGAUAAUGUCAAAUGAUAUAUUCGACCUCAACUUUCCAUAUAUCUAAAGAUUUGUCAGUUUUAUUGGGUUUUUUUGUAUGAAUGGAAGAAGUGCUGCGAUAUCUCACUUUAAAGAAGGGAAAUAUUUGACCAGUCACUCGCCUGUAACCGAACUCAGUUAUGAAAUAUCGUUUUUGGGUUUUUUUUAUUGGUGAAUGUCCUGUUGGGGUUACUGGUACACUUGAACUGCAGAAUGUGUCACUGACUGAAAUGCAUUUAACAGGUCUUGAUGUUUUUUUUUUAUGUUAUAAAACCGAUGUAAUCUGAUUUGAAACUUUCCAGAGCAGCAGUGGAGCUCAGUGUCUGUGCCUGUUGAAACAUUUGAGAUUGGGUAAUGUCCGUGUUUGUUGAUGAAAACUAUUAUGUCAGAAAUACUAUUUUUGAUGUCAUGCAUGAGAUGUAACGUGGAGCUAAAUACAUUCAGCUGUUUAAAGUUGUUCCCUCGGUGAGUUUUAAGUGCAGUUGUCUGCUUGCCCCCCUUCAAGUGUCACCAGCAGCCAUCCCAUGAGGUGAGCCAGUGUUACCCACUCAGUUUGAGGCUGUGGAUAUUUUUCCUGUACACAUGGUUUCUGUGCUCAAUAAAAAUGUAUUGUAACGUGAA